UUCUCCUUCCCUCAAAACUUAAAAAGCGUUUUCUAGGGCUCUCUGUCUCUCUUCUUCUACACUACACAUAACUCGAAUUAAACCGCUGUCGUUUCGACCCAUCCUUCUUCCCAAUUCGCCGAAAUGAAGCUCACUGUAAAGACUCUCAAGGGCAGCCAUUUCGAGAUUAAGGUUCAGCCUUCCGAUACGGUUAUGGCUGUCAAGAAGAACAUAGAAGAUGUACAAGGAAAAGACAAUUACCCUUGUGGGCAACAGUUGUUAAUUCACAAUGGUAAAGUGUUGAAAGAUGAGACAACUUUAGCUGAUAAUAAAGUCUCUGAAGAUGGUUUUCUUGUUGUUAUGCUUAGCAAGAGUAAAACAUCGGGCUCAGCUGGGGCUUCAUCUGCUCAGCCUGCUUCCACCACUCCAUCAACAACUGCACCGAGCUCCAAUUCUACACCUGCACCAGAAACCUCUGCACAAGCACCGGCUCCAAAGACCACCACAUCUGCUUCUGAUGCGACAACAGCUGAUGCGAAUACUGAUACCUAUGGUCAAGCUGCUUCAACGUUAGUUGCUGGAAAUGAUCUUGAGCAGACAAUUCAAGAAAUAAUGGAUAUGGGUGGUGGAACCUGGGACAAAGAAACUGUUACUCGUGCUCUUCAAGCAGCUUAUAAUAACCCAGAGCGAGCAGUGGAUUACUUGUACUCUGGCAUUCCUGAAACGGCCGAAGUUGCUGUGCCGGUGGCUCGCUUUCCGGCAAGUCAGGCAAGUGAAACUGGUGCAGCAGAAGAUCCACCGGUGUCUGGAGCACCUAAUUCCUCUCCGUUGAAUAUGUUUCCCCAGGUAAACUUUUAG